AUGCGAAUCAUCAUUUAUUAUCAUGAGCAAAAAUUUAACAUUAAGAUGCUGUAGUAAUAGCAUCUUGCUACUUCAUAGUAAGUAGAGAGAGACCAGUUUUAAUAUAGAUGCACCCAAAAAAACUGCAGAUUUAAUGAAAAUAACAAAAUUCCUUUCAAAAAAUGGUGGUUGGGUCAGGUAGGUCUCUAUGAAUCUAAUAUAUUACUUUGA